CUGAGGAAGUCUUGAGACGUGUUUAUUGUGGUUUUAAACGGUACGGCGCUGCUGUCAACCAGCGACGUGGUGGGCUUAUUGUCGCCCAGAGUCGACCAGUUCGGCCGCGAUUCUCCCUUAUUUGUUGAGUGCAUUCCCUAUUUAUUCCAGUUAUUUAUGUAUUUCAAGGCAUCGGCAUGGCUUCUCCUGGUUGUAACGACUGCAACCACGACGCAGAGAGAGGCAAGCUGUUGACCUCGGUCACAUGUUACGGCUCCAGCGACUCCAGUGACCAUGUGGCCCCCGUGGCCCCCGUCACCCUCGGCAACCACCGGCCCCGGCAGCUUGGAGGGUGGGGCUCGGAGCAGGAGGAAGAGGAGCAAGAGGAGGAGCUCCGCCGGAAGUUGAAGUACUUCUUCAUGAGCCCCUGUGACAAGUUCCACGCCAAGGGCCGCAAGCCCUUCAAACUGGGCCUGCAGCUGCUGAAGAUCGUCAUCGUCACCGUGCAGCUGGUACUGUUUGGCCUCAGCAACCAGAUGGUGGUGACCUUUAAUGAGGAGAAUACCGCGUCCUUCAAGAACAUCUUCCUGAAGGACUACGGCGAGGAUGUGGAAGAGCCACUGACGGUCUACACGCAGAGUGACGUCUACAGCCACAUCGAGUAUGCCAUCGAGCAGUACCUGGCGCUGCCGGACACCACGGUGGGGCGCUACGCGUACGUUUUCGGGGUGGGCGUGAACGAGAGCGCCCUCUCGCUCUGCCAGAGGUACUUCAGGAAAGGGAGCAUCGACCCGGCCAAUGACACCUUCGACAUCGACCCGCACGUCGUCACCGACUGUAUUGGAGUGAAUCCCAUGGCCACGCCUCCUAGUCCACUCCUGGUGCGUAACAGCCACAAGAACUUCACCCUGCAGUUCCACAAGUUGAUCAAUGUGACCAUUGAGUUCCAGUUGAAGGCCAUUAAUAUCCAGACCAUCAUCAACAAUGAGAUCCCCGACUGCUACACCUUCUCCAUCACGAUUCUGAUGGAUAAUAAGGCUCACAGCGGGCAGGUGAAGAUCAGUCUCCAUAACCACGCUUCCAUCCAGGAGUGCACAGACCCCAGCGUGUCGGGGCACGCGGAGAAUUACCAGCGGCUGCUGUUUGACCUGUUUGUGGCGGCUGUGUGUCUGCUCUCCCUGGUGCUGUGCGGGAGGUCCAUCAUCCGCGGGAUCUUCCUGCAGAACGAGUUUGUGCGGUUCUUCCGGUACCGCCUGGGCCGGGGUGUGUGUUUGAGUGACAGGCUGGAGUUUGUGAACGGCUGGUACCUCCUGCUGGUGGUCAGCGACGUCCUCACCAUCAUUGGCAGCUUCAUAAAGAUCAGCAUCGACUCCAAGAACCUGUCCUCCUACGACGUCUGCGGGAUCCUGCUGGGAACCUCCACCCUGCUGGUGUGGGUGGGGGUCAUCCGCUACUUCAGCUUCUUCCAGAAGUACAACAUCCUGAUCAUCACGCUGCAGGCCGCGUUCCCCAACGUCAUCCGCUUCUGCUGCUGUGCCGCCGCCAUCUACAUGGGCUACUGCUUCUGCGGCUGGAUCGUCCUGGGGCCCUACCACGUCAAGUUCCGCUCGCUGUCCAUGGUGUCCGAGUGCCUCUUCUCGCUCAUCAACGGCGACGACAUGUACGUGACCUUCGUGGGGAUGCAGGACAGCAGCCCGCUGGUGUGGGUCUUCAGCCAGGUCUACCUCUACACCUUCAUCUCCCUCUUCAUCUACAUGGUGCUGUCGCUCUUCAUCGCCCUCAUCACCGGCGCCUACGAGACCAUCAAGCAUCAGACCCAGGAGCCGGCCCAUGUCACAGAGCUGCAGGCCUUCAUCGCCCAGUGCAAGGACACGCCCUGCUCCGGAAAGUUCCGCAGCCUGGAGAGCGGGCCCUGCUCUCUGUUCUGCUGCUGCGACAGGUGA